AUGGACGAGGGGCCCGAUUUGUCCCAUUUGACUCCCGAAGAGAGGGCCAUUAUCGAGUCGGUCAUGGUGCGGCAGAAGGAGGAAGAGGAACGGGAACAGGAGAUCAUGAGGAGGAAGGCAGACGAGGUGCAGAUCUUGGAACAGCAGAUCAGGAGUCGCAGCGAGCAACACAAGAAAGCUGGCAACGAACUAGAAGCCACCUGUCACAUUUGCCUUAAAACGAAGUUUGCUGACGGCAUUGGUCACAUCUGCAACUACUGCACCAUUCGCUGUUGUGCUAGGUGCGGUGGCAAAGUAACCCUAAGAUCAGGAAAGUCGGUGUGGGUGUGCAUCCUCUGUCGCAAGAAACAAGAACUGCUGGGCAGAACCGGCCAGUGGAUGCAGGUGGGGGUGACCACGGCAGGCACCGAGGCCGACAUCAUGACGCACUCCAUGCAAUCGGAUAAAAGGCCCAAGCUGGAAAGGGCACAUUCUGCCGCGGAGAAGGAGAAUCAACCGCUGCAAAGAGCCGGUAGUUUGCUGCGUAGGCAGUACUCAGAAGAACAAUCGCGAGCGCCCUCAUGCGAGAGGUACAAGCAGUACAAUGAGGACGAUCCGAGAUAUUAUCAAGGAGAGUUGGAAGGACUGAUGCUAACUCAUCCACAUUUGGUGCCUAGAAUAUAUCCGGACCAAAAUCCGGACAAUCAGCAGGAGCUGCGCCAGGAGCGGUUGCAGGGUCAGGCCAGCGUGGGCAAGAAGCACAAACGCCAGACCAAGCACCAGCACCAGGCUGCUCCACCUCCUCCUCCUCAGGUACAGCUUCACUCCUACUCCAGUUCGGAGGAGGAUCUGAAGAGUACCCCGGAAUACGGGAGUGAUGAAAGGGACAGCGAGAAAGGUCAAACAAAUAUUUCCUGGCCCGAAUCAGAAAUCUAUGAACGUCCUCACGUUCUUGUUACGUCACCGGGUAGUCCAGAUAGACAGGAAGCAGCGCCAUCUUUGCAAGGUCCAACUAGCGUAGGAGGUCGCGUUCAAGUGAGGCUUGGGUUCGAUCCUACUACGUUACAACUUCUAGUAACAAUUAUGUGCGCCACUGGCUUGACACCCAGAGCCGGUCAGCAUCCAAGAAAUCCGUAUUGCAAGCUUUUCCUUCUACCAGAUCGAUCCGAAAAAAGCAAACGACGUACCAGAACAUUAGCAAGUACAACAGAACCUAUGUGGAAUCAAACGUUUGUCUACUCAGGUCUUAGAAGGGCAGAUCUAAGAGUUCGGGCGUUAGAAAUAACUGUUUGGGACUAUGUAAGAUACGGGGCAAACGAUUUUUUAGGAGAAGCAAUUGUGGAACUGUGGCCCUUAGAUGAACAAGCUGCAUGGAGAACUUUAGGACCUCACGAAGAGGUUGCUCUGACGCCCAGUGAACAUCUAUCACCUCCAAGCACAGGCAGUCGAUUUUCCGACAGUGAUACACCGUCAGAGUGUGAAAUCGAGGGUGGCAGAGAACGCCGAGGUGCCGACGGUGCUAGUGUGAGCAGCGUGGGCAGCUCGUCCAGUCCUCCAAGGGAAUCAGAGAGAAAGUCUAGAAGAGAUCAGGAAUCAAUGCAAUCGUACAAUCAAAAAUACAAAAGGAACGGCAUGAUGGGUCAGAGGUCUCAUUCGGCUGCCCCUUGUGAUACUCAAGUGGUGCACUCGUCUCGAUCUCGAUCGAAAUCGCCAAGAAGGGGACCAACAGACUACCGAUCACUAUCACCACCGGAUUGCUCGAACACUCCAGCGGUCAAUUCCAGGUUUCAAUCCAGAUCCGCCACAGCAACUCCAACGGGGUCACCGAAGAAGAGACAACUACCUCAGGUUCCGCAAGCUUUAGUUAGAACACUUCAGGAAAGGGUGGCUCAAGAUUUAGAAGAUCGCACCAUGAGCAGCAGCAAUCGCAGAGGCAAGUACGUCCACACGUACCGCAGUACCGGUUCAAGUUGGGAGAGACGCUACAGCGGACUGAGUGACAGCGAUCUGACGAGUCACGUGAGAUCUGGUCACACCAGAAGACUGGUAUCGCCUGACAGAGACAGAGAUAGAGAUCCUCUAGGAUUGGGAGAUUUUGAUAGUGAUAUGGAAUCAGUCGUUUCGGUCACUAGCAGUGCUUUUUCUACGCAGAGUGAGAGGCCUAGAGGAAGCAGAAUGGCUAGUGUCGAAUAUGGCAGUUAUCCCAGCGGAUACAGAAGCGUGCCAAGAAACUCAAAAGACAGAGACUCGGAUCAAAGAGACUCCAGGGAUUCGGACUUGUUGGAACAGCACCAUUAUCAUAGGUAUCACGACGAACCGCAUCACCAUCACCACCAUCAUCGGAGAGAUGGCAGCGUCAAACGCGGACAAUUCACAAGGAGUUUGUCCAAUACCGAACCACCAACAGACGAAAAAACAGAUGGUAGUUUGAGUGACACAGCGGUAGGCCAAGUACACGGGUUGGAAGUGCCUCAAAGAGAGAGAAAAGAUGGUCGAGAGAGAGAUAGAGACAGACAGAACCAAUUUGUUGGUUUAGGCAAGAAGAGCAACUCAACCAGCCAGCUCUCAGCCACAGGUCGAAAAAGGCGGAUGGGCUUCGGGCGGAGGGGUAAGACGUCUUUCACUGUACAUAGAUCUGAAGAAGUACUGCCAGGUGACGUACGGUUGUCCAAACAGGGUUCCUCGGCCUCUAGUGACGGGGAGGGCUCUGCAGAUGGCGACAGGUGGUCACCCUCUCUAAGGCUAACUGGUGAAGGCCAGUUGGCCGAAUUCAUCGAAGGUUUGGGUCCAGGCCAGUUAGUCGGUCGACAAGUCCUUGGAGCGCCUUCUCUGGGAGACAUCCAGCUGUCGCUUUGCUACCAGAAGGGAUUCUUGGAGGUGGAGGUGAUACGAGCCAGAGGUCUACAAGCUAGGCCCGGAUCGAAAGUAUUACCAGCACCGUAUGUCAAAGUAUAUCUGGUCAACGGAAAGAAAUGUUUAGCAAAAGCCAAAACAACUACAGCACGAAGAACGUUAGAUCCGCUCUAUCAGCAACAGUUGGCGUUUAAAGAAAAUUUUACGAAUUGCAUACUACAGGUAACAGUGUGGGGCGAUUAUGGUAGAAUAGAAGGCAAAAAAGUGUUUAUGGGCGUGGCACAAAUUAUGCUAGACGACCUCAACCUGAGCAACAUUGUUAUCGGAUGGUACAAAUUAUUUGGCACCACGUCGCUGAGGUAAGGCACACCCAAAUGAUAUAUAAUUGAAGGAAUCAUUGAAGUUAAAGAAAGUGAGAAGAGCGUUCUUCUGGGCGGAUGAGUUUAGAAGACGAAAAAAACCCUAACUUUUAAACCUUGUGUUAUCAUACUAGUAAGAUAUUGACAAAGACAAUUUUCCAAAAAUUUGUGCUCUAAAUAUUUACAAUUUGUAUAUUCCUAUUUAACAAGAUAUACACAGGACUAUAUCCCACAAAUAUAUAAACCUAUGUUCGAGAAACGGAGAUUAUUAAAUAAAUAAACAAAAAUAUAAAAACUUUCCAAUCACGAUGAUAUUUAGAGCACCUGCACAAGAAUAAAAAAUAUGACGAAUGAAAAUAAAAACUAAUUUACGAGUAUAUCAGAAAUAAUAUUCAUUACUGUAUUAAACAAUAUAGAGAGACAAGGAUGGAUACCAAGAUACAAUUAAUACAACUACUAUAGUUUAGACAAAGUAGCUUGAAUA